AUCUUGUUGGUUUUGUAUCUGAAUCUUUCGGCAAUUUUUCAUUAGCCAACCUAAUAAAACAAUAAUCCAUUCCCAUUUGUGCACUGGAUCUAUAAAACUGGCUUAAAAGGAAUUACCUUAUAUUUUCAUAAAUUUUAGAGGAAAAAUCUGCUUUCGAAAAUUCACAGAUUAUAGAUUCUAUUUAACGCUCCGAACGAUAAUAGGUGAAGAUAUGACUUCCCUUCCAAACGUCUUUAGGAGACAACGAGAUAAUGAGGAAAAAUUAAAUGCAUUAUUUAAGCAGCAUUGUAUCAGCUUCUUUAAUUUUAUGUUUGGAAAUUCUACAAGAUACAGCGUAAAUGCGAUGGUAAUCGCUCGUGUACAGAAAAACGAAGAAGAUCGUCCUAGUGGUUGUAUGCUCAGAUUUGAACAUGAUAAUAUCCCAGCAGAAGAAUCUUUGUAUCAUUCAGAUAUAAGCUCUGAAGAUGGAGAUGAUUUAGCAAACAUGUCAUCAGCUAAACGAAAAUGUGAAAAAUCCGAAGAAGACGUAGAAGAGCCAGUCACCAAAAAGGCUAAAUCUGAUGAAGAUUUAGAAGACGAAGAACUAGAAGACGAGAUUGAAGAGGAAGAAGAAGAAGAGGAAGAUGAUGAAGAAGAAGAAACUGAGACUAAUGACAAAGAAAAACCUAGCACUUCGAGCGAGGAUGCUAACGUGAACUAA